AUGCAGCUUUCCGAAGAGACAAAGGAGCGCAUCUCGCGCGUCAUUGACAUUUCUCGUGUCGCUGUUCACUACGGCUACCUUCCUCUUAUCAUCUACCUGGGCUACACUCGCAGCGUGCCCCGCCCUUCGUUGAUCAAGCUCUUCUCUCCUCUCGCCAUCUAA